UAAACAGAAAAAUAGUAUAUAAGAUGCUUUCAGACAGACUUCUAAAGUGCAUAGACUGACAGGAGGUGUCUGAAAAAAAGCCACUUCCUCAGGCUCCACCUUCAGAGACUCACUUCAUUGGAAGCAAGGAAGGUACCAGGCUGCUGCAGGAAAUUUUAUACCUAUCCCAGCUGCAUUCAGACUACUGCAGUCAGCUGGAAGGUUUCUGUUGCUGUAAGCAAAAAUGCCAGCAAGACCCACGGUUCAGCUGGCAUGGCUCUGCAUCGUCACCGUGUCUGUGGCGAUCUACCCAGCGCUGCUGCAGAAACCUCCCAAGAGGAGAACGAUCCACGGGAAUGCACAGCUGAAGGUGCCAGGCUGCUGCGAGGAGAUCAAGGAGCUCAAGCUGCAGGUAGCCAACCUGAGCAGAAUGCUGCAGGAGCUGAGCAAGAAGCAGGAAGGGGACUGGGUGAAUGUGGUGAUGCAGGUGAUGGAGCUGGAAGGGAGCGCCAAGCAGAUGGAGUCCCGCCUCAUCGACGCCGAGAGCAAAUAUUCCGAAAUGAACAACCAGAUAGACAUCAUGCAACUGCAGGCUGCUCAGAUGGUCACCCAGACAUCAGCUGUAGAUGCUGUUUAUGAUUGCUCAUCACUUUACCAGAGGAACUACCGAAUUUCUGGUGUUUACAAGCUACCUCCUGAUGAAUUUUUGGGAAUUCCAGAUCUGGAGGUGUUCUGUGACAUGGAGACAGAUGGAGGUGGCUGGACUGUCAUCCAAAGACGUAAAGUUGGUUUGACAUCUUUCAAUAGGGACUGGAAACAAUACAAGGAAGGAUUUGGCAAUAUUAAGGGAGAUUUUUGGCUGGGAAAUGAAAAUAUCUACCGACUUUCAAGACGCCCCACUGUUCUGCGAGUAGAGUUGGAGGACUGGGAGGGUAACACACGCUAUGCCCAAUACCAGCAAUUCACCUUGAGCAAUGAAAUCAACAGCUACCGCCUGUUCCUGGGGAAUUACACAGGGAACACUGGGCGGGACUCCCUGAGGUACCACAACAACACGGCCUUCAGCACAAAGGACAAGGACAACGACAAGUGUGUGGAUGACUGCGCCCAGUUCCGGAAAGGUGGAUAUUGGUACAACUGCUGCACAGAUUCCAACCUGAAUGGGGUUUACUACCGCAAAGGAGAGCACACCAAGAGCAUGGAUGGCAUCACCUGGUACGGAUGGCACGGAUCGACCUAUUCACUCAAGAGAGUGGAGAUGAAGAUCCGGCCAGAGGAUUUCAAACCAUAGAAGAAAUCAACGUUUGAUUGUACAGCUACAUGACAUCACCACGCAAAAGGUGGGCUAUAAACAGCCAAAUAAUGUUUCAUUUCAUCCAAUACAUGCAACAGCUAUGUACUGGUGAUGUACACAAACACUGCGACACCAGUCACAGCCACCAGUAUUAUCAGGAC